AAUGCGUACCCACUGACAACUGCGAAUUUCCACAUAUCGUUUAUUAGAACUCAUUUCUAUUCACUUGCAUGUCACUAUGGGAAAUUCACCUUCAUUUCGUGACAUUCUUAACGAAGAAACAAUUGCUCUUUACACCGAAUUAACGUACCUGAGUAAAAGUAAAAUACUACGCAUUGUCAAGCUUCUUGAUGAUUUAGAUCCUGGGAAACUACGUGACAAUCUGCACCAUCGUUUCAGCUCGGAACAGAUAGACAAAGCAUUGCCACAGAUUCAAUGUAGCCCAUUUCGUGACUCAAUAUAUCGAGUGUUCUCUUCCAAACAUGACGAUCAUUUAAGCCUCGAAGAUGUUUUGGAUUUAUACUCGGCUUUUUCCGAAGAUACUCCCACUUUCGUUCGAGCGACUUGGUCCUUUUACAUUUUCGACUUGGAUGGCGACCAUCAAAUUUCAGUAGAUGAUUUGAUUGAGGUCAUACGGAGACUGUCAGGAAGCAAGUUAGACAGUCAUCUAGGCAUUGACACGCAAGAGGCCGAAGACAUUGCACGAAUGGUACUUCAAGAAAUGGUCUUUAGUCGGGUGGGAACCAUUUCAUAUGAAGAAUUUAUACGAUUUUCGACAAGGAUACCAGGUGUUUUCUCUUCAUUUUAUUUUCGAAUUUAAUUACAAUAAUAAUUAUGCAUACAUUUUUGUAUAUACAGAAUUAUAGUUAUAUAAAUUUAAUAUAAUAAUGAUAGUCAAUAGAUAAAUGAAAUAGGAGAUAAAUAAAUGAAAAUAUUCUCGAAUUACAAUGAUUACUGAAAAUUACAUGAAGACUUUUCUAAACAAAACAAUAUUAUUA